GGCGAGCAGGCGGAUGGAAUGCCUCCAGACUGGGCGAGGGGAGGGCGAGGCCACGGGCACACAGCCGCCGGGCGCCCCGGCCAAGAUGGGUGGCCGCGGGGCCGGGCGGCCUCGCCAAGGGGCUGGCACGCGCGCACACUCGCACCGGAGACUCAGGCCCCUCCGGAACUCCAACCAGUGCAAACGACUUAGUGCAAAUUCGGUUUGGAAGGGACGGGGCAGACAGAGUCACAGAGGCCUCGAGUCUCAAGCAGGAAAGACAGAAAGGUCAGAAGCAGAGACAGAGGAAAGGAGGAAGAGGAAGAAAAGAGGGAGGCGGCGGGCCGGCCAUCCCGUGGAGGAG